UCCUCCUCCCUUCUUCCCGUCACCUUAGACUUCUUGUGGUGAGUUGUUCUCUCUGCCUCCUCCGCUAUACAUCUCGACCACCUCUGGCCUGCCGGUUAUAAGUCGGAGUCGACUCUCGAGUACCAUUGUCUCACUCCCCCCCCCCCCAUCUCGGAUACCGACUUGUCAUCCCCGAACUCCGCGUCCUACCGCAACAUGGCUCUUCCCAACGGUGUCUACCGUGCCGACCAGGUCGGCUCUUUCUUGCGACCGAAGGCACUGCUCGAGGCGCGUCGCCAAGCGGCUGAGGGCAAGUUGACGUCCGAGCAGCUGAGGGAAGUCGAGGACAAGUACAUCGCCGAUGUCGUCGAGAAGCAGCUUGACGCCGGGCUGCGGUCCGUCACCGACGGCGAGUUUAGGCGCACGUGGUUUCACGUCGAUUUCCUCCGUAACUUGGCCGGAGUUGAGCUUCGAGGCACCUUGAAUUCGACCAACAUUAGUAUUGACGGUACUACGCCGCCGCGACUGGUCGUCGUCGACAAGAUUGGCCACCCCAAGCCCAUCCAGGUCGACGACUUCAAAUACCUCGAGACCCGGAUCGCAGCCGCCAGGGCCAAGGCCACCACCAAGGUCUGCAUCCCAUCCCCUACUAUGGUGCACUUCCGUAAUAGCCGCGAGACCAUCGACGAGAAGGCCUACCCGACCCUGGAACCUUUCUUCGAGGAUCUCGCGCGCGUGUACCAGGAGGAGCUCGACGACCUCUACAAGGCUGGCACGCGCUUCGUCCAACUCGAUGAUACCAACCUUGCAUAUCUCUGCGACCCCAAGAUGCGCGCCGAGGCCGAGCAGCGUCACGGAGACGCCAAUGUCCUCGCGCGCCAGUAUGCGGCGCUCAUCAACGCUGCUAUCUCUAAGCGCCCGUCUGACUUGACUAUCGGAAUCCAUCUGUGCCGCGGUAACCACCGCUCCCGGUGGUUCGCCGAGGGCGGAUACGAGCCCGUGGCCGAGGUCCUGUUCAAGGAGCUCAACGUCGACGCCUACUUCCUCGAGUACGACGACGCGCGAUCGGGUGACUUCUCGCCGCUGCGCCACCUGCCCGAGCACAAGGUCGUCGUCCUCGGCGUCAUGACGAGCAAGACGCCCGCGCUCGAGGACAAGGCCGAGAUCAUCAAGCGCCUGAACGAGGCCGCCGCCUUCUGCCCCAAGGGCCUCAAGCAGCUCUGCCUCAGCCACCAGUGCGGCUUCAGCUCCACCUUCGAGGGCAACGACCUCACCGAGGACGAGCAGUGGGCCAAGGUCAAGCUCGAAGUCGAGAUUGCCAAGGAGGUCUGGGGCGAGGACCUGUCAGUCUAAACCGAGCCUACCGGGCUCGGGAUGCUUGGGAACGGAGGCAGAGGAGAACGAUCGAUUCAUGGAGCACCGGAGUUGAGCAGCAUAUGUACAGCGUCUGGCCUGUUUUUCAAUUUAUUUCUCCCCCAUUUUCAACCA